AUGGCUCUAAAUCGCUCAACAACAGCAACCAUUGCGGUUGAACGCAUGCCGGGCAAGAUUGCUUUAGAAGAAGCAACUGGUAGCCCCCAUUUUGUUGCUCAUGGUACCCAUCCACCAACUCCUAUGAUCAUCGGCUCAAAGGAUGGUCUUCCGCCAUACAACACGCCAUUCUUGGAAGAUAUUGAUGACCGACUAAACAACGUCGAGAAACGUCUGCAAUCAAUGGACCAAAGCGGGAUUGGCUAUGCCAUUGUAUCUCUUACUUGCCCGGGAGUUGAGGGUAUCUUUGACCCCAAAGAGGCCGUUGAGUUAGCACGAAAGACCAACGACUCCUUGUAUGAGCUAUAUGUCAAACCACAUCCGACAAGGUUUGGAUUCUUCUGCUCAGUGCCAAUGCAAGAUCCAGAAGCAGCGGUAAAGGAGCUGGAGCGAUCGGUCAAGGAGCUUGGUGCAAAAGGUGCACUCAUCAAUGGGUUCACCAAUCUUGACAUCAACGAUGUCAGUAAGGUUCAAUAUCUCGACGACCCGAAAUGCGAACCACUAUGGCAGAAACUGAACGAUUUGAAUGUCCCUCUGUAUCUUCAUCCACGCAUCCCACCACUAAACCAACAACGAAUGUACGAGAACAUGCCGAAUCUGUCUCAGGCGGCAUACGGAUUUGGUAUUGAGACUGCUGGCCACGCACUUCGCAUCAUGUGCUCCGGUGUAUUUGACCGCUACCCAGCAGUCCAACUCAUUCUUGGACAUUGUGCAGAGGCUCUACCUUUCCUCGCUCACCGUAUUGAUCACCGCAUGGCUAUUGGCAUCCGAGGCAACAACGGACCAUACAAGAAAUCCAUCAUGUACUAUCUUCAGAAUAACGUCUAUGCGACUUUGGCAGGCGUACGACGAGAGAGUACCAUGCGCAAUACAAUUGAUGAGCUUGGGGAGUCCAGGACAUUGUUCAGUGUCGACUAUCCCUACGAGAGUAAUGAGGAUGCGGCAGAUUGGUUUGACGGUAUGCAGAUGAAUGAAAACACUAGACGUGCAAUUGGGUACGAGAAUGCUCAACGGCUCUUCAAACUAUGA